UGAAAGCUGAACGACUCCGGCGCCCCGGGACCACAAUAGCAACGGGUCUGGCCAACUGUUGCACGACUUCCAAAACAACCAGGCUGAUACUUUCGACCGCCGGGGAUUGGAACUGCAAUUAGCAGAGAAAGUUACAAGGCUGAAGAUAUCCAGUCCUGCAGGUGAAAAUGGAUUUCCAGGCCUUUGCCUUGUGGUUAGGGGUCACUUUAUCACAUUUUGGUACCACAUUCUCUGAAAAACAAUGUAAGAUAAAGGAUCUGGUUGCUGAUUGCAGUCACAUGAAGCUCUUUGAGAUCCCUCCAGAUCUACCCGUCAAUAUCACAGAACUCAAUCUCUCCCAUAACCAGCUGAAGCAUUUGCCAAGCUCUGCACUAUCCAGGUACAAUCAGCUUCAGAUUUUGCAUGCUGGAUACAAUGUCAUUCCAAAAAUCGAUGGCAACCUCUGCAAAGUUCUGCCAUUCCUGAAUGUGUUAGCGCUGGAGCACAAUCAGUUAUCUGCACUUUCUGUACAUUACUUCUCGUACUGCAGAAACCUGACCGAAUUGUAUUUACAGUUCAAUAGAGUCAAGCAGAUCGCAGACGAUGUUUUUGGAAGCCUUCAGGAAUUGAGAAUCCUGGAUUUGUCUCACAAUGGACUGGUUUCUGCCAGUCUAGGAGUUCACCAGCAAUUACCAAAGCUGCAAAGACUGGUGCUGUCUGCAAAUAAAAUUGUGCAGUUGAAACCAAACGAUUUUACCAUCCUUAGCAAUACCACAUUAUACCAGUUGGACCUGUCCUUCAACAAGCUAACUCAGUUUGAACAUAAAUGUUUCAGCACAAUUGGAAGUUUACGCAGUCUGGUUUUAAACAACGUUGCUCUGCAGCAGGAUAUCACUAAGCAACUGUGUGAAGAAUUGUCAGGAACAGACAUUGCCACACUUUCUCUGAGGAACACAUACCUGAAAUUAGAGCAGAAUACUUUCGCUGGAUUAGCAAAAACAAAGUUGAUAACUCUUGACCUGUCCAACAACAAGUUAACCACACUACAGGGUAAUUUGUUUCAAUGGUUGCCUCACUUGGAAAACCUUUGUCUUGAGGACAACAACAUCAGACGUAUUACCAAUGAAACUUUUACCGGAUUAGGUAACUUAAAGAGUUUGAACCUUAGGAAAAGCCUCAAAGGACAGGACAUCUCAGACGAAGUACAAUCCAGCAUUGAUGACUAUUCCUUUCAAGGAUUAAGAAACUUAAUCUAUCUCAAUUUAGAAGACAAUACUCUAGGUAUAAAGGACCAUACCUUCUCUGGUUUAACAAGUUUGAAAUAUCUUAGCAUGUAUAACUGUUUGACAGAUUUUAAGACAAUAGAUAAUGAAACUUUUGUGUCGCUUGCCAACUCUCCCCUCAUUAAUUUAAACCUGACAAAAACAAAGAUUUCACGACUGCAGGCUGGUGCCUUUUCCAGCUUCAAUAAGCUGAAGAAACUGGACCUAGGUCUCAAUUCUAUUUCUCAGACCCUCACUGGAGAGGAAUUCCUGGGGCUGAGUGCAGUAGAGGAGAUAUACCUAUCAUUUAACCUCAAACUGACUUUAACAUCAUUGUCCUUUGUUCAUGUUCCUUCUAUGAAAGUCUUAAUGCUUAGCAAGUCAAAGAUUUCGACACUGAACUUUCAACCUUCACCAUUCCACCCUCUUCGGAAUCUCACAGUCCUUGAUCUUAGCAACAAUAAUUUAGCUAAUUUGGAUAAAGAUGUUUUUAGUGAGCUCCUGCAGCUUCAGGUUUUAAAGUUACAACACAACAACUUGGCACGUCUCUGGAAGAGUACUAAUCCUGGUGGUCCAGUUCUUUACCUUUGUGGUUUGAAGGAGCUUCAGAUACUUGAUUUACAAUCCUGUGGAUUGGAUGAGAUUCCAGAGGAAGCUUUCCAGGGGUUGCUUAAACUAGAUAUGCUAGAUUUAAGUUUGAACAACAUAAAUUAUCUUCCAGAUCAUGUGUUUGAUGAUUUAGAGUCUCUCAAGUUCCUACAUUUGCAGAAAAAUCUUAUUACCUCUGUUGCAAAAGAUGUUUUCAGCCAAGUGUUUAGAAAUUUAAUAGCUCUCUACAUGGGAUUUAAUCCUUUUGAUUGUACUUGCGAAAGUAUUUCCUGGUUUGUUACUUGGCUCAAUAAGACUAAUAGCAGCAUCCCUGGUUUGAAUAGUGAAUAUAUUUGCAACACUCCCCUGAGUUACCACAACAAUAGUGUUGCAUCCUUUGAUACAUCUCCCUGCAAAGAUGUUGUCCCAUUUAAGAGUGCUUUCAUAAUUAGCAGCAGUGUUAUAUUUAUAUUCGUAUUCACUGUGCUAAUGGUUCACUUUCAAGGCUGGAGGCUAGAAUUCUAUUGGAAUGUUUCUGUCAAUCAAAUGUUUGGAUUCAAGGAGAUAGAUCAUUCAGAAACCCAAUUUGUGUAUGAUGCUUACAUUAUCCAUGCCAGAAAUGACACUGAGUGGGUCAAUGAUAACCUGAUGCCUUUGGAGAAAUGCGAGCAAUUUGAAUUCCGAUUUUGCUUGGAAGAAAGGGAUUCCGAAGUUGGAAUUUCUGAACUGCAAUCCAUUGUGGACAACAUAAGCCGGAGUAGGAAAAUCAUCUUUGUCAUGACUGGGGAGCUUUUAAAGGAUCCAUGGUGCAGAAGGUUCAAGGUCCAUCACGCGAUGCAGCAAGUGAUUCAGCAAAGCAGAGAUGCCAUUGUUUUGAUCUUUUUGGAAGACAUCCCUGAUUAUAAAUUGAACCAGAUGCUUUACCUCCGAAGAGGAAUGUUUAAAUCACACUGCAUUCUUAACUGGCCUGCUCAGAAUGACCGAAUAUCAGCCUUCUACCAGAAGUUUAAGGUUGCACUUGGCUCAAGCAAUCGAGUACAGUAAUUUUAAAAAUGUAUAAAACAAGUAAUGAUGGGUCUAACGUGGGUUAAAAACUUAAAUGGCCUGUUUUGGGGGAAGGUUCAUACCAGAAGUCAGAAGAAAUGGGAAUCUUUUCCAAAUUUGCUUUACAACUUCAGUGAUCAAAUUUCAUUUCCAGUUACAUUAAACCUGCUGAAACAGUUGUCAAAGUGGCAGUGAACAAAAAUUUGUUUUGCUGCACAAAUGCAUUGGAGAUUAACUCAGGGGGCUAAUCACCAAAAUAUUCUUUGGUCAUCUCAACACAUGGAAAUCUCCAUCAGAUGAUUAGUUUCUACCAGUGACAUUGCAUACAAAUCUGAUUCAUAAGAAUGGCUUUUAGAAUGACUUUUAGAAUGAUGUGGAGGAGAAGAGAAAUUGUCAAACUUUCAUUAUAUGAUGAAAGCAGCAAGAUUGAAUCUUCUGAAACCAAGAAAGAAGAGUCACUUCUGGGAUUUUAAUUUAUUCUUUCUCUGGCAAGUAGGAAGAGGCAAGGCCAGGAUUUAUUGCCCAUGUCUAAUUGCCUCGAAGAAACCGAGAGUAAGAUGUCUGUUGAACUGCUACAGUGAAGGUCCUCUCACAGUGCGGUUUGGUAGGAAAUUCUAGGACAUUGACCAGUGGUGAAGAAGGGACGGUGAUAUAGUUCCAUGUAUGUGUUGUGGAAGGGAGCCGACAGACCAGUGGUAUUCCCAUAAAUGCCCCAUGGCCACCUGGAUUGAAAAAUUGCUGUUUCAAGAAAGGCUCUCAAAAGAACCUUGGCAAGUUGCUGCGGUGCAUUUUGUGGAUGGCAAACAAUGUAGCUGAGGUGCAUAGGUGGUGGAGAAAGUGACUGAUUAAGGUGAAAUAUGGGUCAGUGGUGAUAAAGUCAGCUUCAGCAUCUUGCAUUGUGUCAAGCUGCUUUAAUGUAAGUGAAGUUGCAUCCAUCUAGCCAAAUGGAGAGUUUUCAUUUACAAUCCUGAACUUGUGCCUUCAAAAUGGGGGAAAUGGCUUUGCGGAGUUGGGGGAAUCAUUCAUUGUAGGAUACACAGUAUUUCAGUGGCUGUUCCAGUUAAGUUUCCAGUUGACGAUAAUCUCCAAAAUGUUGAUGGCUGGGGAUUUGAUGAUAAUAAUGCCAUUUAAUGUCAUGUGGAGGUGAUCUUGUCAGAGAGAGUUCCUGUUAAAAAGGGUUAAAAGCAUCUGUACUAUGUUGUGUUCUGGCUAAAACAUUGGUACAUUUUACUUUACAUAAAUAUCUGUUAAAAUAUCCUUUGUAAUUAAGGGUGUGCUAAUAAUUAGUGUUCUAGUAUUUCUGUUUUGAACUUACGUUUGAAGUAUUAAAUUCCCCCAAAUCCAUAAUAAUUGUAGAAGAAGCAAAUAUAACAAGGUAGAUUGCCCAUCUGUCAUACUAGCGACAGCUGUUAUAAAAAGUGCUCCAUUUUUAUUUCAAUUGUACUUAACAGAUUUUGAAACAAUCUCCAUGAACCACAGAGACAUCCCAUUGUUUUGUGCCCUAAAAUAUGUGUAGUUGAUUUUCUCAAUUGCAAGUUUACUAGUCUGAGUACUACCAUAAACAGGAUACUGCCAAGAUCAGACUAAUGUGAUGGUCAUUUCCACCACCAUCAAUGCGAUGUCACCAGAGACAUACCCUCUGCUCCCCUCCUCUCCCAUUUCUGCAGCUCACUGUUUUAUUCUUCCCUCUCUAACAACACACACUUCCCUACUCUCAGCAAUUUCAAAUACAACUAUUGAAGAUGCAAGACCUGCAUUUUUUUAACCUCAUCCCUUCCUGCCAUCCUUCCAAUUCAGAGUACUGCAUUCAGUAUUCACAAUGUGGUGUCCUCUACAUUGGAGAAACCAAAUAUAAUUUAGGUGACCACUUCGCAGAACACCUCCAUGCAGUCCACACGGGUGAUCCUGAGCGUUCAGCUGUCUGUCACUUUAAUUCUUCAUUCCACUCCCACUCUAUCUUUGGCCUCUUACAUUGUUCCAAAGAACCCAAAGCGAGCCACAAUGGCAUCUCAACUUCUAACUAGGCAGGUUACAGCCCACAAAUCACAACAAUGAAUUCAAUAGCUUCAGAUAACCAGCAUUUCCAGUUUGUAUUAGAACUGACUAGUUCUGAUAAAAGAUACUUAAUCUGUAAUGUAACUCUCUUUGUCUCUCUUCACUGAUCCAUAUAUUUGCAUCUAUAAUUUCAUAUGAUCAAUAGAAAAAGUAACUACCCUUUUUUUCUUGGAUAUCAGGGUUUAUCAACAUCGUUUAAACAAACAUUGCAAACUUUUUAAAUUGCACUGUGAUUUUUUUUAUAUAUUUGCCAGCUUUAUCUGCAUUACUUAAAUAAACACAUUUAACCAUUC